AUGCAAACGCUCAAAGACCUGACGAGUUCACUGCAUGACAGUACAAGCCUGCAGCGUUUGCGGGACAAUCUGAAUGAGCUUCCGAAAAGGUGGCUGGCCCGAGUUGAGCAGCCAGAGGACUACCUUCUGGGCAGUGUGCGUGGUGAAUGCAACUAUCACUUCAAGUUCCGUUUAGAAGGCGGCGGUUAUUUCCAGACCGGUGUGCUGGUGGCGUCUGCAGAGGCGAGCCCUGGAGGGCUCCCGGUGCCCCUGAAAUGUAGAUGGAAGCGCAAGAUUGGCGACCUCCCAGUGGAAAUCCCCGGAGUAACUUCAAACAUGUACCAGAUCUCAGCUGACGAUGUUGGGACCGAUAUUUCUGUAGAGGCGCAGCCAGCAGACUUGGACGAUGGUCACCACGGCACGGUCAUCGGAGAGAUCGGCCCCUUUGAGCUCGACCCGGCGACCAGACGUAGCCUGGACAACGCGCUGGGUUUGGGAGGAAGUAGGUUCGCGGUCAUGCAGUCAAAACUUCCUGGAGAAGCUCCCGGUGGUGCCCGGCAGGAUUUGGGAAUACAAGUCUCCGCCGAGGGUGUGCGGGUGACGUCUGUUGGAGCUGGCUACCAGGGCCGCGACAGUCGGGAGGUCUAUGCUGAGUACUCGUCCGAAUACCCGAAAGUCAUUAUUCAUCCGUUGGACACCACCAAGUUCCGGUUGGUCAUGAGCGAAGUCAAGACAUUCCACCUCAUGGCCCUUACGCGUACUGCGCGUGACUUGAUCGCCCUGACCAUACGCUGCUUCCAUGCCAAGAAGUACAUGUCUACCUCGAGUCUUCUGCAGACUCUACUGCCUGUCCAGGCACCUGCUACAGCAGGUGCUGUCAUUCCGAUUACAGAUGCUCGCUUGGAUGCGUGUAUCGUGCUUGAGACGCUGGCGAAGGUUAGCGGCGUCAUGAAGGGCCAAGAGCCCAAGGCCGUACAGCAGCUGGUCUCGGAUCUCAAGAUGAUGGCGGCUUAUGAUGCAGCUGCUGACUGGGGCGAGGCGAAGGCCAUGGAUGGCGCAUAUGCUGCAAUGUCGUGGGAUGAUGCUGCUGUUAAGGCUGCACUGCCAGAAUAUCUGAAGUCCUCCGGUGAGGAGCGUGCCAAGGUGGACUAUGCUUUCGGUGCUCUCAUCCUGCGGCCGCCGCAGACCAGCGACGUGCGGCAGGCUGCGAUGCAGACCUGGAUCAAAGCUCGUUUAUUCACUUACAACAAGGUCCUUCCUUUCGACUUCAGCCCACCUGCAGCCUGA